CCGAAAUCCCCGCCAGACUGCAAUUCCCAUUCUCAAUCCAUUCAUUCAAACCCCUUGGAUUUCUUUUCACUACAUUCUCUCUGAUACUCACUCGGAUACUCCUUCUAUCCAAAUUCAUCAUAUUUUUUGCAGUCAAUGGCACUCUUGAAGUAAGCAACUUCCAACUCACGCGUCCACCAAAUAUCCCACCAAACCACGAAAGUCAAUUGUGCAUAGAAUCAUUUAUACACGCCACUGCCCAAAACCUUCUUCGGAAUUAGUAUGAGGUUUGGCGCGUCUGCAACUUCUUCAACAUGUAUUUACCACGAUCCCUCAUCUCUACGCUCUACCUUCAUCUCCAGCGAACCCACCACCCGUUAUCCCCACCAGUUCUGAUUCUCGUCGCCCUCGAACCCGAUGCGUUAUGUGGUUGUCGAAUCCUGACCCAGCUCUUGAAGCGGGAUUAUAUACCGCAUAAGAUACAACCAAUUGCAGGUUAUGGGGACUUGGAGAGGGCUGGAAGAACGGUUAUAAGACCCAUGAUGGAGAGCCAAGGUGGUAAUGGGGGUGUGGUGGUUUGUCUGGGCGUUGGUGGGCUGGUUGAUCUUGGAGGAUUGCUGGGUAUUGAUACUGAAGAAGAAGAGACAAAUUACGGGGGAGUCGAAUGCUGGGUAAUUGACGCGCGAAGGCCUUGGAAUUUAGGGAAUGUUUUUGGUGGACAUCCUCGACUACAGCCUGGAAAAGAGGGAUUGGAACCCAUACAGCAGCCAGGCGUGGAUAGUGGGAGAAUACAAGGACAUUACAAGCCGGGAAAGGGUGGCAUUAUCGUGUUUGACGAUGGUGAUGUGGAGGACGAGUUGGAAAAGGAGCGAGACGCGUAUUUGGCACUGGUGGAUAUGCCCGAAGUUGACGAGAACAAUGAUGAUAGCGAAGGAAGCGAGUCAGAAGAUGAAGAGGAGGCAGAAUUGGUGGAAGAGCCACAACCACGACCAGGAAAGAAAAGGAAAUCUUGGUCCGAUCGUGAUGAGGAAGAUGAGAGCAGCGAAGAUGAAGGCAGACCCUACCAACGAAGGAGGAGUAAUUUGGUAUGUUCUCCAAAAUGUAUUCCCCUCUGUUUACUAAUAUGUCGCCCUAGUCCAGUCCUAUUCCAGAUUCUCCUAGGCGGCCGAAACAGAGAGGCCUUGUGUCUCUCAGUGGUCCUCCUCUUUCAAGCACAGCUGCCUCACGAUCAAUUUCCCCCACACCAGCUCAACCACCAAAAGCUCCAUCUGCCAAAACUCUACGGCGAAGGCUGCUAAAACUGCGCGCAAAACACGAGUCGGUACUUCAGGCUUACUAUGCAAUGGGUGCUUCUUACUCGGAACCAAUAUCUUCAAUGAUGUACUCUCUAGCUUCUGAACUUGGACGCGAAGACAAUGACCUUUUAUGGAUGACGAUCGUAGGGGUAACUUCUAUGGAAUUUUACGGGCGAUCCGUAGUCGGGGUUGCAGUAUCUUCUGGCAAGACCAUGGCUCCUUCCGCAGGCUGGCUUGGAUCUCGUGGAUCACGAAUACGGCAACUCUUGCGGGAUGAAGUGCGACGUUUAAAUCCCCCAGAGUUGUCCGAAUCAAGUUUCAAUGCCAACAGGAAUGCAUCUCCUGAAAAUAGUGGCAUCAUUCCAACUACAGCACGAAGCCCCACUGAUACAAGCAUUCGCCUAUCACCCGAACCGAAAUUUCUUCUCAUUCGACAUUGGAGUUUAUAUGAUAGCAUGUUGCACUCACCCUAUCUAUCAGCACGUUUACAUAUUUGGUCAGACAGUGGGAGAAAACGGCUACAUAAGUUACUGGCAAAAAUGGGAGUGAGUCUUGUCCAAUGCAAACAAAGUUACACGCAUAUGGACAUGGAAUUGAAGAGAGGCUUGAGAACCAAACUGCUCAAGUACUCUGAAAUGUACGGUUUGGAUGAUCUUGUGCCCUCGGCAGACACUGAUGGUAGGGACAGGGGUGGAACCAAGGAGGGUUGGGGUUUCGUCCGGAGUUGGGGCUGGCGAGCCACCUUGAGUGCGCAGGAUGUUGGUGUUGUGGUGGGGGCCAUUCUUGAAGUCGGGAAACAAGCUGUGAAUACGCUUCAGAAUUCAGCUUGGAAUCCGAGUCAGGAGAAUAGAGAAACUACUGAUGAGGAUGGAACCCUAGAGGCUCAAGAGUGGGUCGGGCGGUUCUGGGAUGCGUAUGAUGCCCUUGAGAAGUAAGGACAUUGCCGAGAAGCAUGGAGUAUUUUGCUAACCAGGUAUUCAGAAUUGAGGAACUCAAAGCCGCCCUGCCCACUGCGCAACAUUUACAUCGUGCAAUUCUCCGAACAGGCACAUCAUUAAUCGAGAAGCGACAGAUUCGUCAUCUUCGAGCAUUUCGAAUGUGUGUUGUGAAAGCUGGACCGGAUGUUCAGUUAUUUACCCACCCUUCCGCUCUCACAAAACUUGCAUUGUGGAUUGGUGAAGCUAUUGCGGAACAGGAACGAGAAACGAAAGGAAAGCUGGGCCAUGGUGGACGCGGCACACCUCUUGUUGUCGCAGGUCUGAAUGAAACAAGAGGUGUCUACGUUAUCGUCGGGACCGGAGGAGGAGGCGGCGGUAUGGGCUACGGCGAUAAAAACGCGUCCAAAGAGAAGAAAGAAAAACAAGAAGCCAAAGCCAAAGCGCGCGAAUUGAGAAAGAAAAAUAAAGAGAAGGUACGAGAGGAGAAACGGGAAGCUAGACGGUUGGCGCUUGGUGAUGAUGAGGAUUUCGAGGACGAAACCGAGUCGGAAGGUUCGUCGAGUGAGGAGGAAGAAGAGGAGGAGGAAGAGGAAGUGAAAGCCAAGGGCUUUGGCAGGAAUAAAUUCGGGAAUGCUUUCCAGGAGGUUGUGGAGGAGACGAAUGCGAGGGUCCGCAUUGAUAGCUUUGAACAUUGUGUGGUGGAGGUGAAGAAGGAGGAUCUUUCGGGGUUCUUGGAGAGUUUGAGUAUGAAGGCUGUUGUUGGAUAGGUGGGGAAGGGGUAGUAGUGCAGUAAUGUAGAUAUGGAUAUGUUUUUAUGACGGAUGGUAAUUGUGUCUUUGGCUUUUCUUUUUUUCCUUUUCGGGGAGACUUGUUGGGUUGAUGGGAUGUGUGUGGGUUUGUCGUGGUGUGGUGGUGCUUUCCCCAUUGCGAUUGCCCUGCCCUGCUCCUCUACUUUUUUUUAGUUACAUAGCUAGCUAUACUUACACCUUGUAUUGGGAUGGGGAUGGAGUUGAGGGGUUUUGCUUCAUGGAUUUCUUGCUUGGUUGGCAGGAUUAUGGGUUUUGUUGAGUACUGUAGGACUCGUUUAGUAUAGUAUCGUACGGAUUUCUCUUUUCUUUUUGGUUCGUUUUUUGAGGAAUUGAGUAUUUGAGUUUUCG